AUGGCCGACAAAUACGACCCCUCCGCAAUACCCUCCACCCGCGCAGUACCCCAACCACAGCCAGACAGACAGGCUUCCCAGUCUUCUCCUCCACAAAUGGCCUACGACCCUAACUACCUGCAACAGCAGUACGAUGCCAGCCGCGGCGUGAACCAGGGCCACUAUAGCGGCCUUGGAUACGGGCCACCGCCCCCGGGCUGGAACGGUCAGCCGCGGCAGGUCAUAUAUCAGAUGGAUCGAAGCGGCGAUGGGCCCAGGUAUCUGUACGGGAAUAUUGCCCGGGUUGGCGUACUGCCGCUGUUUAGAGGCAUUGAUUUAAGAAUUUUCCUACAGAUGGGGGAAGGGCGGGACAUACAGCUGUCGAAUGGGCAUAGGGGGCGAUAUCUGCGGCUGUCAUUUGAGGAAUUCCGUUAA